AGUUGGUGUCCUGCCGGAAGAUCCUGACGCCAACCCUCACCAACAGGUCCUCAAACUGGGCCCCAGUCAACCUGAAGUACCGCUGAAAGUGGCUAUCAUCCAGACGGAGUUCCUGGAGGAGGUGGUGAAACUCGCCGCGCUGGAUGCGCUAAUGCAGGAUAGGGUGAACCCAAAAACGACGGCGUUUGGCCCUCCGACGCAUCUGGGACUUCCAGAGCAGGUACAAAGCAGCGAUGGUGGUUAUCUCAGCCAUGGUCAUCAGUGACGUCUUGACACCCUGACGUCCAGGUGUUGAUGCCGAGAUGGAGGAGAAACUUAUCAUUGCGGUGCGCGGCUACCCGGAGCUAUAUGAUACUAUGUGUCUACUCUGCAGAGACCGCAACAAAAAGGAGCAGGCUUGGGUGAAAGUCGCCGAGGAGACUGGUCUACUUGGUAUCUGAGAUACAUAUCCUGAAGUGUCAUUAGAGCGGAUCGAAGAGCCACAGCCCCACCAGCAACUGUAUUUCCCAGGAGCACGGGUGGUUACACAAAAAGAUCUUCACUCAGGCGUCAGACUCAACACAAAUCGAGUGAUGGAUGUGCUUUGAAAGUGUGACAGAGUGAUGGUGGCAGGCUGAGCCCAGUGAUGUGAGUGGACCAGUAAAGAUGACCCUGUUGGCGGGCGAUGGCUCCGACUAUGACUACAGUGCCCUGAGCUGUGCCUCUGACUCCUCCCUCAACCCACCUCCCCUGCAUGAGGAGGAGGCUCAAAAGGGGGCCUUCUACAACCGGGCGCAGCGUGCCCCUGAGCUCAGCUCCCUCCAGGAUGACACACCUCUGUCCAGCGCCCGCAAACUCCACGCCAUCAUCAAUGUGGGUGGCCUGCGCUACCAGCUCCCCUGGACCACCCUAGAGGACUUCCCCCUGUCUCGCCUGGGCCAGCUGCACCUCUGCAGCAGCUUUGAUGAGAUCAUGCGCAUCUGCGAUGACUAUGAUGUCACGCACAAUGAGUUCUUCUUCGACCGCAGCCCCUGUGCCUUCCGCACCAUCCUGACCUACCUGCGUGCGGGGAAGCUGCGGUCCCUCAGGGAGAUGUGCGCCCUGUCCUUCAGGGAGGAGCUGCUCUACUGGGGGGUCCCUGAGGAGAGCUUGGAGUGGUGCUGUCGCCGGCGAUUGCUGCAGCGCGUGGAGGAGUUUGAGGCGAUGGAGAGAGCAGAGGAGGAGGAGGAACUCCUGGAGAAUCUGUUGGAUUCAGACAGUGGCCACAGGGAGCAUGCAGCAGAGUCCAAGCUCAAUCGGUGCAUGAGCAAGCUGAGAGACAUGGUGGAGAGGCCUCACUCGGGCCUGCCGGGCAAGAUCUUUGCUUGCUUGUCAGUGUUGUUUGUCACCAUCACUGCCAUCAACCUAUCCAUCAGCACCAUGCCUGCCAUGAGGGAGGAAGAGGAGGCGGGCACAUGUUCCCAGAUGUGCUACAACAUCUUCAUAGUGGAGACGGUGUGCGUGGCCUGGUUCUCCCUGGAGUUCACCCUGCGCUUCAUCCAGGACCGCAGCAAGCUGGCCUUCCUCCGGCAGCCCCUGAACCUGAUAGACGUGGUGGCCAUCCUGCCGUACUACAUCACCCUGGUGGUGGACAGCACCUCCAAAGGGGAGAAGCGUCUGGGCUCCGGCAGCAGCUACUUGGACAAAGUGGGCUUGGUGCUGCGCGUCCUGAGAGCCCUGCGUAUCCUGUACGUGAUGCGGCUUGCUCGCCACUCCCUGGGCCUGCAGACUCUGGGCCUGACAGCACGCCGCUGCACACGGGAGUUCGGACUGCUCCUCCUCUUCCUGUGUGUGGCCAUCGCACUGUACUCCCCCUUGCUGUACUUAAUUGAGAACGAAAUGGCCACCACGCAGGAGUUCACCAGCAUCCCUGCUACCUACUGGUGGGCUGUCAUCACCAUGACGACAGUGGGCUAUGGGGACAUGGUGCCGAGGAGCAUCCCGGGCCAGGUGGUGGCUCUGAGCAGCAUCCUGAGCGGGAUCCUCCUCAUGGCCUUCCCCGUCACCUCCAUCUUCCACACCUUCUCGCGGUCCUACGUGGAGCUGAAGCAGGAGCAGCAGAGGCUGCUGCAGAGGAGGACACACUUCCUGCUGCGGAGCCGCAUUGCCGGCCUGGGCAGCAACCUCUCCUUGGAGAGCGACAUGCUCUUCCCUAUAGGGUCAGACGCCAGAGACUUGGAUGACUGAGACUGUUGGACAGGGAGGGACAUAGAAAAUGGGAGUAGGGCAGAAAGAGAAGAGGAGGGAGGCUACAAAUGAGACUGAAGAGGAGAGUGUGAGAGAGAGAUCCUCUCAGAGGAAAACAGGGGUGAGGAGGAGGGAAUAUAAAGUCUCUAUAAACAAGAUACAGAGAAGAAAAGGGAUUAUUUUUCUUCCCAGAAAUGCAGCCGUGCUGUGUAGCAGUGUACUUUUGGAUAAACAUGACAGAGAGAAGAAGAGGAGAGGAUUAGUAUAAGUAUUAAAUAAAUGUUUCCAUCAAAACUGUAUUAUCUGUGGAUAAAAUGCAUCAAACAGUUGUCACACAAUAUCAAACACAAGUCCAAUUUACAGGAAGAAAAACAAGAAACCUCAAAGUAUUUGAGUGUAACAAUGAACUAACGUAUUAUUGAAAUACAUUGUAAUUCAGACAUGAAAUAUGUUAUAUCCUCCUGAGACUCAGCUACUGUUUGGCACACAUUUGUAAUGUCCGUAUUGUAAAUUCAAAAUGGUGGAAAAUCUAUAUAACUGGAAGUUAUGGGUUCUUGAGGCAAAUUUGUUCCUCAUGAGGAGAGGCAUCUCUGUGCAAAGUUUCAUGUCUCUACGACAUACGGGGCAUGAGAUAUGCCCAUUCAAAGUUUGCAAUUUCAAUCAGUUGCUAUAGCGCCCCCCUUUGGCCAAUUGAUGUAAUAUUGCUUCAUUGGCAUCCUCCCAUGACCCUCUACCACUGUGCCAAAUUUCACAUGGAUUGACCAAGUCAAAACAUGGAACAGACACACAGACAGAGUUUUCGUCAUUAUAUAGUAAGAUGAAGUAUAAAGGUGCAGGAAACCCAAAAUGUGACGUCCUCAUGAGAGGACACAGGGUCUCAGGAGGACAUGACAGAAGAAAUAACUAAAGAUCACGACUCACUUAUGAUCCAAUGACAUAGUAAUGAUGUUUUUCGCAUCUGAUUUCUUCUGAGGUUUUAUUGGUGUCAUGUGCUCUGGAGAGUGAACCAGUGUCACUUAAUGGAAGAUGAUCUCUGCUUUUGUUAAGUCCCAAAUGCUAAAACAUGACCCUUCAUAAACUGAUUAUUUCCUGAGUGACUGUGCAAACUGAGAAUUAUGUCCCCUAAUAUCCCUGCCCGUAUCCACAUAUUAAUUAUGAUGUAUUAAUUGUCCUUCUUCUACUCCUUGAGGUUCAAUAUGCAAUUUUUGGGACACAUUUUUUGGAGAUAUUAUUAUUAUUAUUAUUAUUAUUGUGCUUGUAAUUACUGCAGUCGCUGUCCAUAGCUGUUUCUAAUUAUUAUUUCUCUCCUUAAAGUGGAUUUAAAUGGAAAUCUGUCUGUGUCAUUGUCGCUUCUCCUUUGAACUUAAAGCCGCAGAGGGAAAUUGUUUCG